GCAGCCUCCCUCCCCAGCCCCAUCAGAGGAAAUAUUACAAUGUUGCAAGCUGACGUAAGGACAUUACAAGGAAAGGGCUACAUUUCGGAGUGUUUAUGAAAAGCCUCGGUACUGUACUGUCACCAGGGGGCAUGCAAUAGAAUGCAUUUCGUCCAGCAUUUGGAAUAAUGAUCAUUUAGCAACCACAACUACCACCAACACCACCACCAAAAAAAAAAAAAAAAAUCUGGAGGGGGGGAGAAGGAGAGAGCGAGCUUCCAGUGCGCUUUGGAGUCCGCGCCAGACAGAGGAGCCAUGCAGCCAAACUUUCGGGAACCCUUGGUUAUUUUUCCUGACAUUGCAAGCUCGCCCUUGAGGAUCGCUUCUUGAAAUCUCCGGGUUUUGUUUUGGCUUUUCUCUCGCCCCGAUCCUCGGCGACCUCUCCCGCCGUCUCUAGGCCUGGCGGAUCGGCUUCCCUUCGGCAACGGAGGAGAGGACCAGGAGAGGAUCUACCUUAGCAGCGAGGAAGCUGCAGCGAGACGCCCUGCCUGCCUGCCUGCCCGCCUGCUCUGCCUCGGUUCUGCCUGCCUCCUCUCUCUCUCUCCCUCCUCUCUCUCGCAUACGCGCACGCAGAGCUCGCUUGCCUUGGGAGUCCAGUGUUGUUUUGAAGGGAGCUAACAUGGCGACGGUGCCCGUCUAUUGCAUCUGUAGGCUGCCCUACGACGUAACCCGCUUCAUGAUCGAGUGCGACGCCUGCAAGGACUGGUUUCACGGCAGUUGUGUUGGUGUAGAAGAAGAUGAGGCUCCAGAUAUUGAUAUCUACCACUGUCCAAAUUGUGAGAAAACCCAUGGAAAGUCUACUUUGAAAAAGAAAAGAAAUUGGCACAAACAUGACACUGGUCAAACUACAGAAGUCAAACCUGUUCAGAAUGGGAGUCAGGUAUUCAUCAAGGAACUUCGAAGUCGAACAUUCCCCAGUGCUGAAGACGUGGUAAUAAAACUGACUGGAAGCCAACUAACAGUUGAAUAUUUGGAAGAAAAUGGAUUCACAGAGCCUAUCCUCAUCCCAAAGAAGGACGGUUUGGGCUUAUCUGUACCUGCACCGACGUUUUAUGUUAGCGAUGUUGAAAACUAUGUUGGACCAGAAAGGAGUGUUGAUGUCACCGAUGUCACCAAACAGAAGGACUGCAAGAUGAAGCUAAAGGAAUUUGUCGAUUACUAUUACAGCACUAACAGAAAAAGAGUCCUCAAUGUAAUUAACUUGGAAUUUUCAGAUACAAGAAUGUCCAGUUUUGUGGAGUCUCCUGAUAUAGUGAAGAAACUUUCUUGGGCGGAAAAUUAUUGGCCUGAUGAUGCUUUGCUGGCAAAACCAAAAGUGACCAAAUACUGCCUGAUCUGCGUGAAAGAUAGCUACACAGAUUUUCACAUAGACUCCGGUGGAGCUUCUGCCUGGUACCAUGUCCUGAAAGGAGAAAAAAUAUUUUAUCUCAUCAAGCCAACUUCUGCAAACAUUUCCCUCUAUGAACGGUGGCAGUCAGCGGCAAAUCAUAGCGAAAUGUUUUUCGCUGACCAAGUGGAUAAAUGCUACAAAUGCACAGUUAAACAAGGACAAACACUUUUUAUCCCAUCAGGCUGGAUUUAUGCAACUUUAACUCCUGUUGACUGCUUAGCCUUUGCAGGACAUUUCCUACAUAGCCUAAGUGUAGAGAUGCAGAUGAGAGCAUAUGAAGUUGAAAGACGAUUAAAAAUUGUCAGCUUAACCCAGUUUCCUAACUUUGAAACGGCAUGUUGGUACACAGGAAGACACCUGCUAGAGUCGUUUAAAGGAUUGCACAAAGCUGGGAAGCAGCCUCCUUCUCAUUUAGUCCAGGGAGCAAAGAUCAUCAAUGGUGCUUUCCGGUCAUGGACUAAAAAGCAGGCAUUAAUAGACCAUGAAGAUGAGCUCCCAGAACAUUUUAAACCUGCACAACUUAUUAAGGAUCUUGCCAAAGAAAUAAGAUUAAGUGAGAACGCCUUGAAAGUCAACAAACCUGAAGUGGGUGCCAGUGUGAAUGUCGAAGAGGUCAGCCCUGUGGAGAAAGAAGAAAUCCCAUCACCUGCACCACAGACGCCUCCACCCCCUCCGCCACCGCCAUCGCCACCGCCAUCGCCACCGCCACCAGUUGAAAAAGUCCCUAAGAAAAAGGCCCAAAAAGCAACAAAAACACCCAAGCCACCCAAACUAGCCAAACCACCCAAACCGCCCAAACCCCCUAAGCCGCCCAAGCCGCCCAAACCCCCCAAGGAGCCAAAAGUAAAAGGGGAAGGGAAGAAAAAAGGCAAGAAAGCAAAGGAAGUGCCGCCCCCUGCAAUUCCGAACUUGGACCUUCUGGAGGCCCACACAAAAGAGGCCCUGACAAAGAUUGAAACACCAAAGAAGGGGAAGGCUGCCAAGAAUACUUUGAGUACCCCUGAGAAAGAACCCAUCGAUAAGCAGAAUGAGGUCGAAAAGUUUGAAAUCCGAGAACAAAAUAAGACCAAAACCGAAGCAAAAUGGAAAUAUAAGAAUAGCAAGCCUGAUUCAUUACUGAAAAUGGAAGAAGAGCACAAACUGGAGAAGACACCGUUAUCAGGAAACAAGGACAAUAAAUUCAUGUUUUCUUUCUCCAACAAGAAACUGCUGGGCUCAAAGGGAGUGAAAACUCAGAUGAGUCCUGGUAUAUUUGGAUCAUUGCAAAAUUUCAAAGAAGAUAAAGCAAAACCUGUGAAAGAUGAAUAUGAGUAUGUCUCAGAUGAUGGAGAGUUGAAAAUUGACGAAUUUCCAAUUAGAAGAAAGAAAAACACCACCAAACGUGAUUUGCCCUUUUUAUCAGAUAAAAAAGAAACUGCACAACACACACCCGUUAAGAAGCCAAAGUUGGAAUCAGUAUUGUACAAGAGUGAUGACUCCUCAGAUGAAGACUCGCUUCAUAUUGACACAGAUGCCAAGCCAGGGCGCAAUUCUAAAGUGAAGAAAGAGACCGCAAGCUCAGCAGGCAUUCUUGAUCUAUUGCAGGCAAGCAAGGAAGUUGGGGGUUUAGAGUACAACACCAACAGUCAGCCGCCUGCAUCUCCCAGCACACAGGAAGCGAUCCAAGGGAUGCUUUCGAUGGCAAACCUGCCUACAGAUUCCUGCCUACAGCCUUCAUGGGGCCCCAACCAAGCAAAGAACAAUUCCACGUCUGCCGCAAACGCCAAAAAAACUGGAAGCAGCAACAACAAAAAUGCAGGGAAAAGGUUGCCGAAAAAGAGUGCAAAAAACAACAUUGACAUUGAAGAUUAUGACGAGGACCAGGAUCACUUAGACGCCUGUUUUAAAGAUUCUGAUUAUGUUUAUCCCUCCCUUGAAUCAGAUGAAGACAAUCCAGUAUUCAAGUCUCGAUCAAAGAAAAGGAAAAGUUCUGAUGAUGCACCAUAUAGCCCAACAGCAAGGGUUGGCCCAUCGGUACCUCGGCAAGACAGACCUGUCCGAGAAGGUGCAAGAGUUGCCUCUAUUGAAACAGGACUGGCGGCGGCAGCUGCUAAAUUAUCCCAGCAGGAGGAGCAGAAGGGCAAGAAGAAGAAGAACACCAAAAAGAAACUGUCGCCCAACAACGCAAAUAAAAUCCCUCAGGAAAGCAGCUCUCCUGAACCCAAGCUGGAGUCCCACAGCAGUAGUUUAACAGACCACGAGUAUACAGCUGGUGCAAGCACGUUUGGGGUGGCCCAAGUCAACCGAGGUUCUCAACCCAUGGCACCAGGAGUUUUCCUCACGCAACGGAGGCCCUCCUCGUCGUCACAGAAUAAUGCUGCUGCCAAAGGGAAACGUACGAAAAAAGGCAUGGCCACAGCUAAGCAAAGGCUUGGGAAGAUUUUGAAAAUUCAUCGGAACGGGAAACUUCUCCUCUAAAACUUAGCCCCAGCUGGGACUCUUAUCAAAGUUCAGAAUGUCCUGAGCUGACACUAACUCUUCUUCAACUCUUGAAGGACCUUCAGUCGUAUUGUGCAACACCCGAGGGACAAUACCAGUUAACUUUUUGCCACCACUUUAAUAAAUUCUUUUUAACUUUCAGCAGUUAAACAUGUACAGAAUACUGCUAUAAAUAUUUUUUAAUAUAGAUGUCCUUUCUCAAAUUGCUGAGAGUGACUAGUUCGCAAAAAGUUAAUACCAAGAAACUGAGGAUCAUUCCAGUUUUAGGAAAGUAUCCCUUUAACUUGUUUAUAAGUGAAGAAAAAGUGGUUGUUUUUAACAGUAUGCACAUUAAUUUCAGUUAUGUUUCAUUUAUCCAACUGCACCAAUUUUAGAGAGGUAUCUGGUUAAGCGGCAGGAGAGUUUUGGUAAAUUCCACCUUUGCUCAAAUUAACUUACAGAGAAGGGAAAGAGAUUUUUGUCAUUACUGUGUGUGAUAUAAUACAUGCAAGACGUAAUAUGCAUAACGGAAUAGUUUUCUUUACCUGGCUCAUGAUAAGUAUGUUUUGGUCAAUGGAAGAACUAAAAUUGCACUUCAGCACUACUAAGAACUUUCUCUAUAACCGGGUAUAGGACAAAAAUGGAUGAAUUAAUUUAUGUUAUGUGCAAUGCUAGGUGACUGCCGGAACAAUCCGGAUCACAGGCCUGAUCCAAUUGGGUUAAUGAUUAGGGUGUGUAGACGCAAAAUGGGUGAAUGCAGUUCUUUGAAAAUCAGUGGUAGUUAUUCCAUUAAUUUUGGUUGGUGCUGGAUUACAAUCUUUCUCAUUGAUAGUUUUCCAUCCCUCCCACCAUUUUCUUACCUGUAAGGUGUUUUUUUUUUAGCACCUCUUAGCAUACUGUCUGCCCUUAUUGUCUCUGCUUUCACCACCACAAGGCAAUGUGUGAUAGGAGUAGCCUUAUAAGACAAAACAAAACACCCCAAUAAUAACAAAAACCAAUGUGUACAGCUGGGAGAUUGUUACAAAAUGAUAGAAUUGGCUCCUUAGCAACAAGACCUGAAAAGAACGGUUGUGUUUGGAGAUUUCUUUUCACUCACCGCUGUUCUUGCUAAGGCUUGUUUACAUGAUCCUAGAAGCAGAGGGGUUGCAGUUUUGUUUUUUUCAAGAUAUUGCUAGGUCAGGGUUUCUGUUUGGAAAUUAUGGCCGUUGUUUACCAGAGCAGGGAAUUCCAUGUUCAGGGCUGACUCUCCAGUUAACCUUGUGACAAAGUUGCCACUUCUGUGUGUCUAGGCCCCGUCUUGAGGUGCUGGUUCUUGAAAUUGAGCACCAUGCGGGAGGAACGAUGUCAUGGCUCCUUCCAAAAACAGAUGCUGCCCUUGGCAUGUGAAAUAGUCUCCUUAUCUCCCCUUCCAAUGGCUACUGGUGUGGCGGUGCAGGACUUGACCAAGUAGAAAUGGCAAGUGUGACACAAAGUUAACACAAUAUGUCCUCCUUACAUUGUAAGCCUGUGCGUGCCAACUCUGAAGGAAGUCCCUUUGAGUUCAACGAGCUUACUCUUAAGUGGAUUUAGGAUGGCACCUUUAGUCAAGUAUCUCCUCACCAGUGCUAUUUUCUAGAAAAAGAGGUGGCUCCCUCGUUCUCUUAGAAUGGCAAUGGAACACACCUGAGAGGUGCCAGAACUUAGUUCAGGCUUCAAAAAAUGCCCUGCCCCUCGAUAAUUUCCUUGGGUCAUCCCUUGGACUCUUGCCAUCUUGACGUGACUUCUCAACCCCAUCCAACAGUUCGCUCGUUAAGUUCAUGGAGACACUGGUUUUUUUUAAUGCAAUCAAUUAAUAUGAGAUGAAACAAAUGAUGACAACCCCCCAGCAAUUAACCAGAGUUUCUUUCUUUCAAUUCACAGUAGCCUUUGAGUAAACCCCUGGAUCAUGUAAACAAAGGAGGCACAUCAAUGAGCUAAGCUGUUUUCUUGGGAUAACUAAGAAUGUCAGCAAACAGGGCACUUUCCUUUGGCUCCAUGACUCAACCCCAUCCCAUCUUCCUGCUCUGGGGGGGCGGGGGUAGGUGCGGAAACAGUUCCAGAGGCAAAGUGCCAAGAAAAUGUAACAUCUGUAUCAACACUUUGAGGGUUUGUGGGUUGUUUUUUUUUUAAUGCUUGCAAACCCACUAAGACAUGAUGGCUCCAUGGUCUGAGCUCGCCUUGACCCCAAGGCAGGCUGUGAGGUGCAAACCCAUGCCAGCGAUGUACAUAAGGCUUCUGACAGUCAUAUCAAAGCACUUCCUAUGAGAUACACUUGUCUGGAGGAAUGACGGCUGUGGGCACACACAGGUGUCUGAUAAGACGAAAGCCAAGCUUAUUGACAGUUUAACUGGAUACUUGUCGUCUUUUAACUCUCUUAGUGUUUAGUGUAGAGUGCAUUAUUUUACAUUAAACUUGCUUGUCUGCAUUUAAACACUUGAAGAGUUAAAUUUGUUUCUCAGGCAAUCCCAGGUUUUCAUUUAUAGAUCUGUUUCCUAAAGCAUAUUUUUUCAUAGAAUGUAGCCUGUAAAUAGCUUUUUAAAUACCUUCUUUUUUAUAAGAGCAAAGUAUCUUUAGACCUUUCUUUCUAUAGAAUACUUCAUUAACCUUUAUACAAGUUUUUUGCCGAGUAUUAUCAACUGUUGUAUUUUAGGUUCUUGACUCUAAGAGAGGAAUUUUGAGUUUUUGGUCCUUGUUUUUGUUUUGUUUUCCCUUUGAUUAUUAUUAUUAUAUUAAUUAUUUUGGCAUUGCCUGAAAAACAAGUAAAACUUUGUGCAGCCUUAUACAGAAUUGAAUAAUAGUACAAAAAUUGAUCUAUUUAAGACACAUUAUGAAGAAGAAUAAUCUUCAACUUUAUAAUACCAGCUCCUUGUUUCAAUUCUUGUAUUAUGAGGGGAUACAAUUAUUUUAUUAGCACCUUGUGAAGUGUUUCUGUGUUUUGUGAUGAUGUAAUUUAUUAAUGUUUGUAGCUUUUUAUAUUUGUACAUUUAUUAUGAGCUUUGUUUAUAUACACAUUACCUGGAUGUGAUGUCCAUGAGGG